AUGCUUUUGCGAGAGGAAGAUUCUAUUUCGCCAAUCAACAAAAGUGUUAUUUAUUACGAUUAUUUGUUCAUAUUUAUCUGUCUAUGUAUAUUCAAAUGUUUGUUCAUAUCUAUCUAUCUAUCUAUUUCUGAUCACAUCUAUCUAUUUUUUUCAUAUGUAUAUGCAUCUAUCUAUAUGUUUCUCAUAUCUAUCUAUCUAUCUAUCUAUCUAUCUAUCUAUCUAUCUAUCUUUUCACAGCUGUCUCUCAAUCUAUUCAUAUAUGUCUGUAUAUGUCUCAGUCUAUUCUCAUCUAUCUAUCUAUCCAUGUCUGUUUAUUCAUAUCUAUCUAUACCAGUCUAUUCAUAUCUAUCUAUCUAUCUAUCUAUCUAUCUAUCUAUCUAUCUAUCUAUCUAUCUAUCUAUCUAUCUAUAUGUCUGUCUGCCUAUCUAUCUAUCUAUCUAUCUAUCUAUCUAUCUAUCUAUCUAUCUGUCUGUCUGUCUAUCUAUCUAUCUAUCUAUCUAUCUAUCUUUUAGUCUUCUUUUUCGAUAA